AGAGCAGCGCCUACACCUCUCUCUCGCUCCCUCUCUCUCUCUCACUCUCUCACUCUCUCUCGCUCGCUCACCCAGUGGCGUCCCGUCUCUCCUUUUAGCUCCUCAGUCUUGACUAUAAAAAGGACCUAGAAGCCUCUGCUGAUCGAUCCCGGAGCUUUUUUACUGCUGCAGCUUCACCCGGAGUCCAAUGGUCAUGGUCAAAGAAAAAGUGGCUCAUGCGCAGGACACACACCACCACUCCACAGAGAAGCCCCUGAUCCAGUGCUACAAGUGUGGGGAGCCAUGUAAGGGCGAGGUGCUCCGAGUGCAGAACAAGCACUUCCAUCUCAAGUGCUUCACCUGCAAAGUGUGCGGCUGUGACCUCGCCCAGGGGGGCUUCUUCAUGAAGAAUGGAGAGUAUCUGUGCACGCUGGACUACCAACGAAUGCACGGCACCCGCUGCAACGGCUGUGGGGACUUUGUGGAGGGGGAAGUGGUCACCGCUUUGGGCAAGACGUACCACCCCGCCUGCUUCGUCUGCACCAUCUGCAAACGGCCGUUCCCCGCCGGGGACAGAGUGACCUUUAACGGGAAGGACUGUCUGUGUCAGUACUGUGUUGAGCCCAUGUCUCCAGGACCCAAGGAUAUCCUCGGAUCCAGCAACUGUGCAGGAUGUGGUCGGGACAUUAAGAACGGACAGGCUCUGCUGGCGUUGGACAGACAGUGGCACCUGGGCUGUUUUAAGUGUAAGGCCUGCAGCAAAGUGCUGACUGGGGAGUACAUCAGCAAGGAUGGCGCCCCCUACUGUGAGAAGGACUACCAGAUCCAUUUUGGGGUUCAGUGUGAAGCGUGCCACCAGUUCAUCACAGGGAAGGUUCUAGAGGCUGGAGAUAAGCACUACCACCCGAGCUGUGCACGAUGCAGCCGCUGCAAUCAGAUGUUCACAGAAGGAGAAGAGAUGUACCUGCAAGGAUCAACCGUUUGGCAUCCUGGCUGCAAAAACACGACGAGAACGGAGGAGAGACACAGGGAGCGGCCUACGAGGUCGUCGUCCGAGAGUAUUUGUUCCCGACCUGGUUCAAGCGUACCUGGCUCACCGGGUCACACCAUCUAUGCAAAAGUAGACAAUGAGAUCCUUGAUUACAGAGACCUAGCUGCCAUCCCCAAAGUCAAAGCCAUUUAUGACAUUGAGCGUCCCGAUCUUAUUACCUAUGAACCUUUGUACACCACCUCCCUGGAUGAGAGAGACGAGAGACAAGAGAGUGUGGGCGAGCUCCACACUGCCAGGAGGGAGCGUUCCCCGCUACCUGAUGACAAGUCCUCCAGAAACAUGUCGCCAACUCCACCUGCUGAGGGCUCGUACGACAGGCGGGAACGCAUCCUCCAAAGGUCCACCAGUCAGGGCUCCAUAGGAUCACCAGUUUAUAACCGCCACGGUUACACCCCCACCCUGUCCCGAUCACCUCAGCAUUUCCACAGACCAGAGGCUCUGACAGGCAUGCAGAAGCUCUGCUCCUCUCUGUGCAGUAACAGUGUGGGCUCCAGAAAUAAUGACUCCCGCCCCACCUCCCCUUUCAGACACCACUUCCUCCCCCAUAGCCAAGGCACCGACCCCCCGAGCGGCCGGAGCUCCCCUCUCCCGCUCAGGCCCGACAGCCGGCCGGUCACCCCGCCUCUCUCUCAGACCCCUAAACAUUUCCACCUCCCAGAUCAGGGGAGUAACAUCUACAGGAAACCACCCAUCUACAAACAGCACGAUACAGCCGCCAUAGCACGCCAAAGCAAGUCUGGUGAUGACAUCAUCAGAUCCGCCACCUUCCCUGCUGCCCAUGCUCCGUCUCCAGACGACAGCUCGAGGAGUGAGGGCGACCGUUGGCCCUGCUCUCUGGUUGUGUUAGGCUCAGAAGGAAGGAGGCGGUCCAGAGAAGAAGAGGAGGAAGAGGCUUUAAAAAGAAAGCAGCUGCAGGAGGAACAUCUCAGUAAGAUUCAGUCAGGUUUGGGGAAGCUCAUUUUGAAGGAGGAGAUGGAGAAGGAGCAGAUCAGGGAGCGUCAUGCACGGAGCCUCUCCGCCCAGCGAUACGAUCCCAAACAGACCAACUGUGACGGAGAUCCAACUUCUCCCACCAAAACCAACUCUCUGCCCGGCUACGGGAGGAACGGGCUGCAUCGGCCCCAGUCCACAGAUUUCACUCAGUACAACAGCUAUGGAGACAUGUGCGGAGGAGGACGAGAGUUUCAGCACAUUAAGGAUGGCCGUGCAGCACUUGCAAGGAUGGACAGGGGAGUAUCUAUGCCUAAUAUGUUGGAACCAAAAGUGUAUCCCUAUGAAAUGCUCAUGAUAACCAGUAGAGGGCGAGCUAAGCUGCCCAGGGAUGUGGACAGAACCCGAUUGGAGCGCCACUUAGCACCCGAAACGUUCUUUGACAUCUUUGGAAUGGAGAUCCAGGAGUUUGACAGGCUUCCCCUGUGGAAACGCAACGACAUGAAAAAGAAGGCCAAGCUCUUCUAGCAUGCACAUAUGUACAUCCAUCAGAUAGCACACCAUGACAACUGUACUCUAGAUGUAGGUUUUGGUUCCUUUCCUUUUCUUCUGGAUCUUUCUUUUUAUCCUGGAAUAAUGAAGGAAGCAGGAGACGGACUCUUUUUGCUCCUGAUCUUCCUCAGACUGUAAGCGGGAUGAUUUUUACCCUUAGAUGCACAGAAAACAUCAACGGGAAUCUCUUCCAUGUUCAAAAAUGACAAAGAAUGAGUGACUGAUAAAUAGGGUCAUGUUAUUUGGUUUGCUUGUUUUACUUCUUUCUUUGCUUUGGGUGGAAAUGCUUUCCUUUCUUUCUUGCUUGUUUCUUCCUACUCUUUGUUGCUGAUGAUUCCUGUGGAACUUUGUAAGUACAUUAGAACCUCAUGGCGCCAUUUUGCUCGUAGCUUGAACAUGUGUCGGCUUUUCCUUCGCUUGGGCUGAAACUGUUUUAGUCCAAAGUUUGCAAGAAUCGGCUCAGUGAGUCUUUGAUUAAAAAAAGCAGUGGGGAUGCAGUCAGCUGACCCAUUUUACAGAUCUUCAUGGAGAUGAAUCCACACACACACACACACCCCCCUCCCUGCCGGCUGUACACACCGAACAUCCAUUGAACCCUGACUAAAGAAAACGUCUCUCUUCUCAGGCUCCCAUAAUCACGGCCACACCUUCCCUUUAUGUAUCAGAAGUACAAACUCCAUCCAGUAACUGACCGAUAGAUCGCACACCCGAGUAUUUGGAAGAACUGUUUUAUAAAUGAACCCACACUGCCAUUUGUUGUAUUGAAAUCGAAGCCAAUAAAGCUUUAAAUCACCAUGAACCAUCGGAUCCUCGGCUGUACCAAAGGGACCAACGACUGCUUCUGUUUCUUCCUCUCUGUUCACUUUUCACUCACCGGCUCUGUUACAGCACACAGGACGAAAGCAGCUACCACAAGUCUGCAACAGCUAUAGAGGCUAUUUUACAACCGCUAUUCCAAAAAAGCUGGGAGGCCUUGUAAAACGUGAAUAAAAAAAUGAGUGUCCAAAUCUUAUAAACCCAGAUUUGAUUCACAAUAGAACAUAAACAACAUAUCAGAACAAACUGAAAAAUGUUAGCUUAUUUUGAAUUUGAUGGCAGCAACAGGUCUCAAAAAAGUUGGGACAGGGCUAUGUUUACUAAUGUGUAGCAUCACCUCUUCUUACAACGAGAGUCUCCAGUUAUUUGGGGGCUUUUUUGCUUUUAUUAGAUACACUAUAUUGCCAAAAGUAUUCGCUCACCUGCCUUGACUGGCAUAUGAACUUAAGUGAGAUCCCAUUCUUAAUCC